UUCCGUUCUGGCUGAACCAGGACAGCAGCUUUCAUGCCAUAGCUAGGUUGGAAUGAUGUGGACAGUCUCGUUGUUACUGGCUGCCUCUGGGGCUUGGUAGAACAGCUUGUCCUCGAGCUUGCUAUAUGAGGAGCUUCUCCUCCCUAGUCGUAGCUUCUUUCCCCCUUUACAAACUUUCCCACUUCUGCUACCUCUACGACUUCACCCCCCUGACGAGACAAUUCGCUACCAAUUCCCCGGCUCCCACGUGCCGUGGCAUGCCCACACCCAUCUCUGGUUGUGUCAACCGCCCCCUCUUCACACGGGCGGGCACCGCGUCCGGUACCGUAUCGACCUGAGAGGCAAGUGAGCACGGCGGCGAGGCGAUGAUGGGCUUAUCAAUGGCAUUGACAUGUCUCAUUGCCCUGCUCUCCUUCACGAUUCCUCUGGCGGCAACAGCGGAAGCUAUUCUGACGGAGGACAACAAUUGCGGCUGCUUCGUUACUAGCGGUAACGAGAGCGCCUACUUCUCACAUCACCGCUUCUUCGACUUCAGAAGCCUCCCCGAGUACGCCCGGGCGCCAAAUGUCAUCCAGGACCUGGCCAGCACCUCCGGUGCGAGCAUGACCAGCGAUUUCUUUUCCAAGUCAGAAUGGACUGACUUCUGGAUGCUGGCGACAUGGAAUAACGCAAAUCGUGUCCGAAGCGACGCCUCCUACACCAUGGCAAACUCCCCGAACAACAUAUACAUUGAGGCCAACACGGAGCCCUCGACGAGCGCCACAACCCAGACGUGGCUGACGCUGCGCACGCAGCGGCUGGCUGAUUUCCAAACAGCCGCCGAGAUCGAGUCGGCCUCGGCCAAAUUCAAAUACCUCUCGGUACGGGUGCACGCGCGCACAAUCGGCGAACCGGGCGCUAUCACCGCCAUGUUCACAUACCGCGGCGCCGAAACGCUCGCAGAGGUGCAGGAGGCCGACCUCGAAAUCCGGACCGUCGACGACCGCAACUUGGUUCACUACACCAACCAGCCGGCAUACACGGACGAGGGCGAAGUCGUCGAGCACGCAUCCCGCAACGUCAUCCUGCCCCGGGGCUUAACCUGGUCCGAUUGGGCCACCCACCGCCUGGACUGGACUCCGGGGAAAUCGACAUGGUUUGUUGACGACGAGCCUGUCGCACAGAUCGUCUUUCAAGCGCCCAGGGACGAGAGUAAUGUCAUCUUCAACGCCUGGAGCGACGGCGGCCGCUGGACGGGGAAUAUGAGCGUGGGCGAUUCCGCCUACCUCCAGAUCCAGUGGAUUGAGUUGGUCUUCAACAGCACCGAGGUGGCCAGUCAGAGUGGCGACGGGGUUUGCCAGAGCGUGUGCAGUAUCGACGAAACGCCGCAAUUGGGCCGGCCAGUAUUGCUAUGGGCGCGGGAUGGGUGGAAGAAUGCCGGGACCAGGCUCCCUCGCAGCUUGGUGUCGACGGGGGUGGCGGGGUUGGUAGCUGUGCUUUUGGCCGGGGCUUUCUGGUAAAGGAGACGGAGCAUUGGCGUUUAGGGUAGAUGGUUACCGUUUUGCGAACCAUAACUUCUUUUUUCUGAGUGCUGUUCUGUGCCUGUGACUUUGACUUAUGAAUAUGCGGAUAAAUAUUGGCCAGUUGAUUCCACUAAUUCGGUAUCUGGUGGUCCAGUAUAAUUGUAGAUACGUGAGCGUAGGGGGUUUGGAGCAUGCGUCGCUGUUCUUGAA